AGAAGACUGAAUAAAAAUGCAAAAAGACGUUCGGCUUUUUUCCCUGAUAAUUUGAAUCCAGCGGACGAACUUUACGCGCAGUCCUCUGGUGGAAGCCGAUACAAUGUUACAAAUGGCUCUUCCUACUCUCUCGGCUCAUGGUCCCAGUCGGUCGCGAACGUUGGCCGAGCAGUUGGCUCGACAGCGGGAGCAUGAGGCUCGGUGGCGCAGGCAAUGGGAGCUGCAUGCUCGGUACUUCAAGGAGCAGGACGUCCGCAACCAGAGGCAGGAGGCGUGGAGCUCCCGUCACUCCUUCCAGCAGAGUAUGUCAGCAUACCACAGAGAAAAGCUGAAGGAAGAAAAGAAAGCCAAGCUAGAACAGCGCAGAGAGCGGCUCAGGGCCAUGCUUCAAGAGGAGCGAAACAAACUGGAGGCCGAGCUCCGGGAUUUAGUUCCUGACAGGAGCAAAACGGCAACUCAGCAGGUGCACAAAGCUGAAGAGCUCCGUCAGGCUAGAGAGGAAAGAAGGAAAAAGGUUGCACAGGAGCUCCUUAAAGAGCACUGGAAGAGAAACAACCCAGACCUGCGUGAGGUUGAGUCAGCAUUGCAUAAAGAUCAUGUUGUCAACCAGUGGCAGGAGCAGAUAUCUGAGAAGAAACAGAAAGACGUGAUGGAGCAGGUGGAAAAGACACGCUUUGAAAAUGAGUAUGAGAGGAGUCGAAAAGAGGCCCUGGAGAGGAUGAGGCAAGCAGAGGAGAGGAGGAGAGAAGAGGAGCGGAAUAGGGCUGAGGAGCUCCGUAAACAGAUGGAAGAACUGAAACUGAGGGAGGAGGAGGCUACUCGUCUGAGAAAGGAGCAGGAGGAGCUGCUGCUGAAGCAGUGGGAACUGGAGAGGAUGGAGGAGGAAAGGAAGAAGACAGAGGAGAGGCAACGGAAAGCUGAAAUUGGGCAUUUCCUGAUUCGUCAGUACCGCUCUCAGUUAAAGAGGAGAGCCCAGCAAAUCCAGGAGGAACUGGAAGUUGAUCGCAAGAUUCUGGCAGCCUUACUUGAAGAAGAAGAGGAGGACAAAAAGCUGCAGAUGGCAAGAAGAGAGAGAGCGGUGGCCGACGCUGCCUGGAUGAAACGCGUCAUAGAGGAGCAGCUUGAACUGGAGCGCCAGAGAGAGGCCGAGUUUGACGUCCUGCACAGGGAAGAAGCUCAGCGUGUUUGGGAGAAACGAGAGGCCCAAUGGGAGAAGGAGAAGAAAGCCAGAGAAAGACUAAUGCAUGAGGUGCUUAUGGGGAGGCAGCAGCAACUGGAGCAAAAAAUGCUAAAGAUCCGCAAAGCUCAAGAGGAAUCGCUGAAGAGAAGGGAAGAGUUGAUCCAGGAGCUGGAACUGGAGAGGAAGCUCAGGCGUUUGGAAAAAGAGACGGACGAAGGCCAAAAAACUGCAAGGAUGCAGGAGCUGAAGGCCCAGGUGGAAGAGAAACGUCAGGAGCAGUGGCAAGAGUGGUGCAGAAUACAGCAGGAGGACGACGAGGAAAGGAAAGCCCUUGAAAUUCAAGAAGAAGACCUGAAGUUAGAGAUGCAGAAAAUGGCUGAAGAAGGUUACCAAGAAAAGAUUCACAGCAGACCUCGAUCCGCCUGGACAUGACCACCGUGGAGCGGGAUGUUUAUUUAUCCAUAGGGAAUUAGUUUAAAGUGUUUUAUCUAACUUUAUGUCCACAGUGACCUCUUUGGUCCAUUAAAGACUACAUUGAUCCAUCAGAGAGGCAGGAAGGAAAAAACUUCCAAGUGAAUCAAAAGCACUUUAGAUGAAGCUACUUUACAUUCUAGUUCCCAUCUUCUUUAAAUAACCUCCCCCAUGGCAGUGCUUUGAUUCAGCACUAAAGCAUUCAAACCAACAACCACCUCAGUGCAGUGGUCAGCAGAGGAUCACAUACUCUGAAAACCCUCCCCAACAAAAAAAUAUAUAAUUUGGUCUGCAGUUGUUAUGCAUAAAGUGUCUUAAAGUUAAUGACCACCAAAACCGCCAUCAAGGAGAUGAAGGACAACAAAUUCAACAGGUUGGUGAUGUGUUGAUUGAGAAGAUGGAAUCGCCUUUAACUGGCAUUCAGUGAACAAUAUAUCAAUGCAGAUUGAAGAUUCCUUUUUUCUCAUAAAAAAUUUAAAACAAAGUGCAGCAUUUUUGCAAUUGAGUAAAGUAAAGAGAAAUCACCAAUGGUUUGAUAUGUUUACAUAUAAGGUUUAUUUAAAAAAAUUAUUCUUUUCAUUAUUCCAGCUAGGAUGCUGCACCUCAUACAUCCCUUGGAAGAGAUUUCAAUAUGAUAAAUGAAUUCAGAAACUCUUUGGGAAGCUUAACACUGGUUUGCUCCGUAAAACAGGACACAUGUAGAGCUCUUGUUCACAUGUUGCACAUUGAAUACCAAACCUGCAGAAAUGCAACAGAACAAAACACGUACGAGUGAAAGCUGGGUGAAAUCACUGAAGGACAACAUAGAGCCUGCUGAAAGAAAUCAGAUAGAAAGUUAAAUGCUAGGUGUUUGUGCUGGAGACAGGAAACAGUUUGGCCCGUGAACAUAUCCAACUGGCUUCCACCGAAUGGACAAAUGGGUGCUGAUGAGAAGUGCACUGCAGACAGGGUUCUGCUCGGACAGAUGAAAAAAUGUAUAAAAAAGUUUUUAUUGAAACAAACAUUAAAAGUUUCAAAAACAUUCAUUCUGAACAAUCUAUGGAAAUUCAUUAAAAGGUCACUGAAAUUUAUGGUGGAUUAUUAUU